CCCGGAGUCCCAGACUUUCCCUAACUUCACUUGUAAUUUCCCAACACCCAGUUCCCAGCAUUGCUUCGGCCUUUAAUAAACUGCCCAUUAGAGACUGCCCACAUGGGGAAUAUCCCAGCCCACGAGUUUAUUUGGCAAGCCCUGAUGUUGUCAGCAGUGGGUCAGCCACCAGCUCCCAUGUCCCUGCCAUCACUACACAUGCUGGAUCCUCAUGGGGUCUGAACCCUGUGAGCUCCCCAGGGGAAGAUGGAGCUUUCUCAGCUCUGAGCCUGCGGGGUUUUCUUGCCCCCAGGCAGCAAGAACGUUAUGUUGAAAGAGAUAAGGGCAAUGGGACUGAAGGGGGUUCUGCCCCCAUAACCAGAGUUCCAUAUUCCUACAGGGUACUUCCCAUCCUCAGACAGAUUCUAGACCAAAAGAUCCCUCCUUGAGCAGAGUUGAGGGGCAGAAGGAGUCAACACCCCAGCGAUUUCAGAUGGUGAACAUUCCUGAGCAGAUUUGAGCUUUAUUUUGCAGAGCAUUCCCUCCCCACACACCACUUUGCUGCCAGCCAACAGGAACACUCUGAAGCUCCAGCAGACUCCCAGGUUGUGAAAUACAGAGCUGGGUUUGGGUCUGUGGAGACAAACACACCAAGGCCGUCCUGCUGUGUGCACCAGGGCUGCUGGGGUCUCUGCUUGGCUGGGGUGGAGGUGAGGAUUGCAGCCCAGCUCCAUCCAGCAUGGGAAGCCCAGGGUGCACGUGGUGAGCAAUGUGACACAACAGCCCCUUGGUUGCUCACUGGGGAGGCAUGGAAAUGGUCAACAUUACUUCUUCCAGCAGCACGGAGCUCACAGACAGCCCAGCACCAGGGGGAGAGCAGAAAGGGGGAGCAGCUCCCCACACAGCUGGCCCAGCAGUUAGUAUUUGUGGAAACCCACAAGUGAAUGACACCAGAAGCACAAAGGGCCACCCCUGCUGCUUAUCACUUGGCUCAACUCCCUGUGACACCACACAUGCAGUGGAUGCUUCCGGCAGAGCUCGGUGCAGCCCCACGCUGCUCUCAGCCCAGAGCACCCCUGCCACCAGCCUGGGACACACACAGCAGCACGGGCUGCUCCUGUCACCUCGAGCUGCAAAAGGAGCAAACUUACACCCCAGCAGCGGGGCUCCCCGCUUCCGCAUUGCAGCUUUCUGCCCCUUUUUGCUUCUCUUUUUCCCGUGCAACCAAAGAGCCUCGAUUCUCCCUGCAUUCUCCGAGCCCCCUGAGAUGCCCGAGCUUUGGGCACAUCGUGAGCUCGCAUCAACGGCAAAGUCAGGUUUGCACCGAGAGCAGCAACAUCAGCCAACGCAGAGCUACUCGGGGAUGCGCUGGGGGAGGCUCAGAGCAGCCCUACAAGCAGCGUGCCCGGCUCCUUCCAGCAUUUCGACUUGGACCGGCUGGUAACCUCGGAGCCUGAGUUCAGAGUUCUGAUCCCACCCACCGGUGCUGUGACUCACUGCGCUGCCUGGAUAUUGGUGGGGAAGGAGGAGGGAGGGAGCGGGCGGUUGCCGCUCGCACACGCGCUGCUCCGGCACAGGGUGAUCCUCGCUCCCACCUGCUGCAGGGCUGCACGACUCCGGGACCGCUCCCAGGCUGUCCUGUGGUAGAGGAGCUCCCUGAUGAGUACUGCUGGCCACCAUCUCUGACCCAAGCACACAGAGCAAGGCAGGCACCAGGCACCGUGGGACCUGACCCCAUAGCAUCUGAUCCUGCUGGCCUUUGCAUGAGAGAAGGGAGCAGCUGACACCCACCAGCAGUGCCACGGGGAUCAGCUCCAGCCCCAGAUGGACCCAGUCACACAAGAAAGUUGCAGGGGAACAUCAUUCCUUUGUCACAUCAUGCUCAGUAGACAAGGCUGAAUGUGCGAAGGGGACCCUGCUGUGAUCUCCAAGGCCAUCAUAGGCCCAAGACUGGUUUGGAAGGAAUUCCAGGACUGCCCAGUAGAGGCUCACUCAAAGCAUCUAUAGAGUCACUGAGAGCAGAACCAUUCCACCCAUGCGACUGCAUGAUGGAUCCAUGUAGCAACCUCACAAACCCUUCAAAAACCAUGGACUUCCCCCUGCAGCUGCUGGUCGGGUCCUGCCUGGCCCUGCUCAUCAUGUUCACUCUCUGUGGUAACAUCAUUGUGUGCUUGGCCGUCACUCUGGACCGCCGGCUCCGCAGCCUGACCAACUGCAUCAUCGUCUCGUUGGCCAUCACCGACCUGCUGCUGGCCCUGCUGGUGCUGCCCUUCUCUGCCUUCUAUGAGCUCACCAGCGAGUGGCCCUUCGGCAGCACACUGUGCAACAUCUACCUCAGCCUGGAUGUCAUGCUGUGCACGGCCUCCAUCCUCAACCUCUUCAUUAUCAGCCUGGAUCGCUACUUCGCCGUCACCACCCCGCUGCGCUACCAGCAGCUGGUCACUCCAUCCCGCGUGGCCGUGGGCUUGGUUGUUAUUUGGACAGUUUCAUUGAUGGUCUCCUUCCUCCCCAUCCACCUGGGAUGGAAUACCAAUGGGACAACGGUCCAGAACACAACACCCAACUGCACCAGGGAGUGCAAGCUGGAAGUGAACUCUGUGUACGGGCUGGUGGACUCUUUGCUCACCUUCUACAUCCCUCUGGUCAUCAUGUGCAUCACUUACUACCGAAUAUUCAAGAUAGCGAGGGAACAGGCCAAGAGGAUAAACCACACGUGGUGCUGCAGCAGCAACAGCCCCAUGCCACCCAUGGUGAAGGAGCACAAAGCCACUGUGACGCUGGCAGUGGUGAUGGGAGCCUUCAUUGUCUGCUGGUUCCCCUAUUUCACAGUGUUCACAUACCGAGGGGUGUGGGGGGACAGCAGUGUGAAAGGCACACCCAUGUCCAUCGUACUCUGGCUGGGCUACGCCAACUCAGCACUGAACCCCAUCCUCUAUGGGACGUUCAACAGAGAUUUUCGGGUGGCAUACCAGCACUUGUUGCACUGCUGGAGGACAGGGGACCCCAAUUGCUCCCUACAGAAGAGUCAGCCCCGGGGCAGGAGCUGCGGGGAAAGCCUGGAUGGGCAGGAGGGGAAAUGCCUGAAGCUGGAGAUGAGGAACGGGAAGGGCUCCUUGCUGGCAGAUGGAGCCCUGCAGAGUGACAGAGCUUUCCCAUGAGCCUCAGCCACCCCACCUCCCGGCCUCCACUCCUGGCUGCUCUCUUCCAUCACCCUGCAAGGCUGAAAGGACGCAGCUGGAUUUCCCUUGGGGAGAAACCUGAGAGUAGAGGCAAGGUCUGCAGGGAUCCCUGUGCUGGUACGUGGCACUUGCUGCCUCCCCAGAUGAUGCUGGAAAGGCCUCUGCCUGCCCACGUUUCUUCCCAGGAGCACAGAAGAACCUGCACCAUGAGAGCCAGGGCACACCCCCAGCAGGUCUGGGGAUCAGGCACAGCAAAGAAAAGGAGAUAUAGCAGCAACCUCGGUGCCAGACAGCCCAAACCAGGACAGGCACUGCGCCCCCCGGUGCUCCGUCAAAGGGAAACAUCCACCUCCCAGAGGGUCCCGGUGGGGCAGGGCAGCAGGGGGCUAUAGACGGCCACUAUCACAACACGUGCAUCCCUGCAGCAUCCUCACGGGGCAAAGAGCAGCUCCACCUCGGGGAUACGGGGCGUCCCCUGCUCUCUGUGGUCUUCACACCCUCAGCCCCCCGGCAAGGAGAGAUGACCCAGAGUCACGGGAGCCACCAAGCAGCGAGGCUGCCCCAGGCUCUUUCCGAACCCGCAGCAGCUCAACGCCGAGUCUGCAAAACCGGGAUAUAAGCGAGCGAGCCUGGGCAGAACUCAGCCGUAUAAAAUCCCGUUUAACACAGAGGCAGAACGGCACGAUUGAUUUCUCCAAGCACACUCUGCCUCGAGAAGAGCCCCCUCUAACCCCCCCCCUCCAUCCAUCCCUCUGUACCCACCCCUUCCUCUCCGCUGCGCUCACAUACAGCACUCCAAGAGCGGGGGGGGCAGUGGGGGCAGCAGAGCGGCUUCAGCCCCCCCGGACCGGGCAGCAUUAUGUGUUCGGAGCUCCCUCUGCUUGCGGCUCCAGACCCGGCCCCUCUCUGUCCCAUAGCCCCCCCCCCACCCUGUGCCAGGCCAGAAAUACCCAUAACAUCCACCCUUCCCCCCCAACUCAGGGAGGAAGAUCUGAAAAACGCACCCCACCCAAAGCUCUGCCACCUAUGAUAACAAUUAGAGACUGAUCUAAUUGCAAAAAUAAUUGCAAUUGAAGUGUUUAAUUACCGUACUAAGCAGGAAGAGCCGCUCCCGACUGUUUUGGUAGCACUCCCGAUCCAUCAAACAAGGUUUGGGGCUUGUUUGGGGUU